UUUCAGACAACAACUGGCCAAGCUACUGUGGCGUUUUUCAAAGCCAUGGUGAACCGUUUGUGUGGAAACACUUCUCGCCUCCAGUACCUACCUGUCCAACCUGUCAGUUCCAGCACUGAGUGUUUGGCCGGGGACAGCAGUGAGGAGAGCACUCUGGUGUCGUGUACCGACAGCUCCAGCCUCAGUUCCUCUCUAUCGCCUCGUCUCAACCCUCAGCAGGAACUCCACAGCAUAAUUGGCCAGUUGGAGAGGCAACUGCGAGAUCUCCCUGACUCCUCCCAGGGAGAUGACAUGUCGGCCAAACUUCACCAACACAAGCUCUUCUUGGAGACCCAGAUACACAGGCUGAAGCAGCUCAAGCACCAUAUAGAGCCACCGCCUCGUACGUUGGACCGUUUGCAGAGCACUCCACUUACAACUAGACCACAGGUGCGGCACGAGUUGACAGGGCUGAGUCCUAUCUACACGGAGUCUUGGGGGGCCUCGGCUCUAGGUGGGGGUUCUACCCCUGUCACCCCUGCUGAGGGCAGCAGGUUCUCUCAUUGGCUGGACGGCACCCGACGAGGGGCGCCUACCAAUCAACAUCAACCGAUAACUGAGCUUCACACUGAUCUCGACAACAUUCUCGACAGGCUGCAACAGAUGCUUGCAUCUAACUUUUCCCUAGCAGACAGCAAAAGCAGAGAAGGGCUUCAGAAUGGAGUGGCACAUUGAGCUCAAGAAAACCUCAUGAAUAAUUCAAAAUAAAUACUCAAAUCCUCCAUACCAAUCACGUACAUAUUUCACACAAAAUAACCAAAGAUUGGAAUCUCUGAAGACAGCUCAGUAACCUUUUUACAUAUCAUAGGUUUUAAAGUGAGAUUUUGUACUUAUGUGUUAAGGUAGAAAUGUAAUACUUUUUAAUUUUAGUUGUAAUAUUUAAGUGUUAAAAUAGAUAGGAACAUAUUUAUGAACGCUUAUUCGUUAGGGGAGUACGAUUUAACAGUUUUAGAUUUUUUAAAUCAACAGUUCAUACAUUUUAUUAGCAUGUUUACCUUUUGGAAAUGAACUUGUAAGGUUAAUCCAACUUUCGAGUUUGGGCAGAAUAUUUAUGUAUGAAAGUGUGCAAUAGUACAAUGACUUGUGUAAA